UAACAACGCAUCAACGGAGCCAUCGUGGUCAGAAUGCGUAUAUAAGAGUCGAGUUUUGGAAGACCAGCCUACUUAGUCGGAUCUGAUAAUUCUUGGAGCACAUAUGCCAUGGCUUCUGUGGGCAAUGAAACGAAAACCGAGAGCUAUUCGUACCCAUUCGCGGACUUGGCGGAUGAGCGGACGCAGGAUUGGCCACUGGUUAAGUCGCCCUGGAAUAUUAUCGCUUUGCUGGCCCUCUAUUUGCUUAUGGUGCGCUACGGGCCCAAGUGGACAGCCAGGUACAAGCCGCUGCAGUUAAGAGUGCCCUUGUUUUGCCACAGCUUGGCAAUGAUAUUCCUUAAUGGUCAUAUUUGCCUGGAACUCGUGACGGCUUCACGUAGUCUUGGUUACAACUUGGGUUGUCAGCCGUGCCGGGUGAGCUAUAACCCACACGAAAUGCGGAUAGCCGCAGCUUUUUGGUGGUUUUACAUCUCAAAAAUACUGGAAUUCGCCGACACGGCUUUCUUCAUUUUGCGCCACAAAUGGAAUCAGCUGAGUUUUCUCCAUGUUUAUCACCAUAGCACCAUGUUUUUGUUUUGCUGGAUUUUUGUCAAAUGGCUGCCCACGGGUUCCAUAUUUUUCCCAACCAUGAUCAACUCCUUCGUGCACGUCAUUAUGUACACCUAUUAUGCAUUGAGUGUACUGGGUCCUCGAGUCCGGAAGUUCCUUUGGUGGAAACGCUACUUAACUGGCCUCCAGCUGGUCCAGUUUACCAUCGUCUUCUUUUGGGCAUCUCAAUUAAUUUUCCGGGGCUGUGAUUACGGAAAGUGGUUAACCCCAAUCGGAGCUGCCUAUAUGGUGCCAUUUCUCGUUAUGUUUGGAAAGUUCUAUGUCCAAAAAUACAGUGUUUCAAAAGGUAUCAAGAAAGCGAAGUAAAUAUAACAAUUAAAAUUUAGCAGUACCAGAAGAGGUUUUCAGUUUUUUUUACUAAUUUAAUUAGUUAUUUAGGAGCACAGAGACUUUAGUGUG